GAAGGACUUUAAGUCCAGCUGCCAGGCCCCUGAUGGGAAGAGGCAGAGAGGGCUGGCCACCAUGCACAGCUCCCGCAGCCUCUGGGUGAUGCUGCCGCCGCUGCUGCUGCUGCUGCUGGCGGCCGCUGGCUCCACCAUGGCCCUCACGGCGGAGGAGAAGCGCAGCAUGGUAGAGCUCCACAACUUCUACCGCGCCCAGGUGAACCCACCGGCCUCAGACAUGCUGCAGCUGAGGUGGGACGACCAGCUGGCCGACUUCGCCAAGGCCUACGCUCGGAAGUGCGUGUGGGGACACAACAAGGAGCGCGGGCAGCGCGGGGAGAACCUGUUCGCCAUCACGGAGGACGACGGCGUGGACGUGCCGCUGGCCGUGGCGAACUGGUACGAGGAACGCGAGCACUACAAUCUCAGCUCCGGCGCGUGCGACCCGGGCCAGAUGUGCGGCCACUACACCCAGGUAGUCUGGAGCAAGACUGAGAAAAUUGGCUGUGGCUCCCACUUCUGUGAGACGCUCCAGGGGGUGGAGGAGGCCAACGUCCACCUGCUGGUGUGCAACUAUGAGCCCCCGGGGAACGUGAAGGGGCGCAAGCCGUACCAGGAGGGGACUCCAUGCUCCCAGUGCCCCCUUGGCUACAGCUGCGCGAACUCUCUCUGCGAGCCCAGGAGAAAGCCGGAGGAGGCGGAGGAUUCGCCUCCGCCGGUGACCGAGGUCCCUUCCACCCUGACAACUGAGGCCCCAAGCUCCGGGGAAACCGGUACUCCGCCCCUAGCAACCUCCUUGGUAACAAAUGUCGCGGGCUCCCUGGCAAAGGAGUCCUCACCUGCAGCAGAAACAGAUGUCCAAUUUUCCAUAGCAGCGGGAGGCCACGACUCCUUGGCAACAGAGACUCAGCCUUUUUCAGUUGAGGUCCCCUCCGUUUACCCAGCUGAGGUCCCCUCACGGGAUGAAGGGCCAGUUAACUUCCUCCCAUCAACGCGUAGCCCGGUCCCCGACCCGAUGGGCCAAGACGCCAGCGCCACCUCCAUGAGUCCAGAGAAAUCUCUGAAUUCCAAGAAGACAAAGAAAGUAGACCCCCUACCCGAGGUCCUGCAGGAGGCUGCGCAGUUACCUACAAUAGACCCAGUGUUCCUCGAGGCAGGGGCAGAGUCCAAGCUUAUCAGUGAGGCAUUGGCCGCAGCUCUUCCAGCCCAGGAUGGUGAGGUGCAGGCCUCACCGAACCACUCUGGCCGCCCUGCCUCCACAUCCCUGCCUAACUUCCCUAGAGGCUCUGCUUUGGCUAAUGCCACAGGUGGGCGAACCUUGGCCCUACGGUCAUCCUGGACAGGGGCAGAGGACCCUGAAGAGGCCGGCUUGGAUCUGAAGAAUUCUGGCCAUGUCUGGGGUCCUUUCCUGGGAUUGCUGCUGCCUCCCCUGCUGAUGGCUGCCAUCUUCUGAAAGGGACACUCAAGGCUAGGCCUGGUCAGGAGACUGGCCUCAUGCCCAUUCUGGAUUCUUUCCCCAAGUUAGAAGCCAGACCUUCUGGAGCAGGUCCUGCUCUCUCUGCGCCCCCCCCCCAGCCAUGCAGAGCCAGCCCAAUGCCCCACCUGGGAGUGCUUCUUGACAGGGUGGAGGCAGGGGGCUGCCCUCAGCCAGCUGCAGGCUGUUCUGAGCAGUGUUCUAGUGGCCAUCCAUGCUUCGUUUAAGGACAAGGGGACCUUAGCCUCCUUGGGAAUGUGGUCCUUCAAGUCCCUUGGGAAGAGCUGCACCAGUACCUACUGCCUUCCCAGGGCGAAGAGGUCAGCUGCCCAAUUGCUGUGUUCUCCAUGCUGUCCCCGGCCCCCAGACAAGAUGCUGCCUGGCUAGAGGCCUUCUGGAAGGGGAAAGCUGUGGGUCCAGCUCACAGUAACCGCACGCCAGGCCCUUCCUGCCCCUUACGGCAGAGUCCUACAGAGGGCCCCACAGGAUGGGGCAGGGUGGGGUGCUGUCCGCCUGCAGGCCCUAGGGCUCCUGAACCCUGAGGCUUGGACAGCAGACCGUGAGGGGGCAGGCGAAGAACAAGCCCCACCCAAGUGGGGUUCUGUGGGUGGGGAGACAAGGAGCAGGCGCCUGAGGCAAUCCUGAAUAAAGCCUGUCUGAGA